ACAAUGCUAGAAGGUGUGAUUGCCUGUCACAUACUGUCCUGAACAAAGGGAGGGACGAGCUACUGGAACUGUCCUGUGAACAGAUGAGUCUGUGUCAGCAGGGGCCUGAUUCAGAGAUUUUUAGAGCCUAGGGGAGAGUCAGUGUGUGUGGGGGGGACCAUACAACAGAGGGGCACAGUGCACAGCAGAGGUAAACAAGGCCUUUAAUCAAUCAGCGGGUGUUUGAAAGCAUGGAACAGUCGAGAAAAAGCAGGACGUGAACGGAGGCAGCCUGCACUUUGUACAGGAGGUUAUAAGUAGAGGGAGUACCUGUGCCAGGAACACGGAGCAGACCUCAGCUGUCACGCAGGCCCAGCCAGACCUCACCUCUUAUAUCUUCUCAUCCUCGGGCCCUCCUUGUUGCCUGUGCUUGUUUUCCUCUCCGGAGCCAUGCAUCCACAGCGUCCUCUCCCCCAGGCCAUGCCCUCCUCAUCUCUGGGACAGCACCUGCGCGACAUGGCCAUGGGUCUGGGACGAGGCAAGAACUUCCUGGGUGGAAACUUUGCCUACAGUUUUAUCCAGUCGGUUAAGGAGUGUCUCUAUUUCCUGCUCUGCUGCUGGUGCAUCAAAGAGAUCCUGGACUGACAGACUGAGCAAGAGAAGAUCGAGUGGUGAAACAUUGAUUUUUUUUUUCUUCCUUUUCUCCCUUGGCUCCCGUAUUGUAAUUUCAACCAGCUUUUAUCUCAUCAAGAAUGGAUCUUAGAUCGGAGGUGGUGGCAGAUUAUUGGCAAGUAGGAGUCUUUUCUCAUAUGACAGCAAAAAUCUUUCUAAGUCAUAUAUUUCGGUUUGUGUUGUCUACUGUUUAAAUUAAGUUUCUCAGUUUUCGGAAAGCAACAGCUUCAUUUAUGAAUAGUUUUACUAAAUCCUAAAAUCAUUUCAUGUGUUCAAAUAUUUUUUUAUGUCUGUUUUUCAGUAUCUAUAGGAUGCUAUUCUUGGGUUCCAGGAAACACACUAGCACAUUUCCAGAUGCUACAAAUGUUCAUUAUAAUACUGGGUCAGAGUUUCCUGAAUUCAACCGUGCUGAGCUGAGAUCUUGAGGAACGGCACCCCUGAUGUUCACUGUACAACACAAACUGGUGUGCAAUGAAUAAAAGAACUAAUGAAUAGAAAAAUAUUACUUUUAUGUCUGCAUUUUUUGUUCAUUUUCUAUUGACUGAACUUAUAGUUUGCAUACUGUACAAUAAAAUAAAAUAAUCAUAAUAAUCAUUUGGCUUAGAUGUCAAACUAAACUUUCAUGUGCUUUUAAUAGGACUUUCAGGCUCGCGUUUGUUUUAUCUGACAAAGUCUGCAAAACUGUAAUGGAGAAAUGGUGAUGAUUUCAUAGAGAUCCAAAUCAGGAUAUAUGUUUUGAACAACACAGGAUACAAAUUGUGUUUCAAGAA